AACCCUUCCCUAUUCUCUUUCUUACAUUUACUCUUCUUUUCGGUUUCCUGGACCUUCGCACUUUUUCUUUAAUUUUGGACCCCCCUUCCUCACGAUCUUUAAACCUUUCUGUUGAAUCUAAUUGCCACUUGCUUGCUCCUUUCUUACUCUCCAUCCCACUCGUCUCUCGACCAUUAUGGAUCACAGCCCUCGUCUCCGCCGUGAAUUGACCUUCUUCAACUCCGGCGACUUUCCACCCCAUACUUCAGAUCCAACACCCCAGAAUCCCGGUUCCCAUCGCCGUCCUCCCAUCAAAGAAAUGGAUUUCUUCUCCCGUUCGGUUGAGAAAAGCUGUGAUUCUGGCCCGGCAAAUCCGAAUCCAGAUCUUGACGACCGCCGUGAUGGAAGUGGAUCGGUUCCUUCCACUGAUUGGCCUAUAAACACCGGCCUAAAUCUAACGCGUGUAGGUUCUGGAACUUCAGAGGCAGCAAGUAAUGAAAAUCCUAAUACAGAGGUAUGGAUCAUCAAUUCCUUAAUUUUUCUUUUUGAAUCCCGUAAAAAAGUGGCUUUUCUGGUUUCAUAUUUUCAGCUGAGUAUAAUCCAAGGUGAAUUACGGAGACUGCAUGCAGAGAACAGGAAGCUGAGAACUAUGCUCGACCAGAUCACCAAAAGCUAUAGCCAACUACAAGCUCAGCUGUUCAUCGCUCUGCAAAAACAAAACUCUAUGAAGGUUGGAGCAAAUGGCAUGGUGUCGGGGAAACAGUUGAUGGACCCACAGCCAUCUACCCAUCUAGACAUUAAUGAUGCAUCGAUUUCCGAUGACAAGACUCAAUCAGUUUCGGCGCCCUCAAACAAUGCGGAGGUAAUGUCAAACCAACGUGAACAUCAUUUGACUAAGCUUCUUGGGAAACGAGCUUUUCCUGAAGAUUGUUUUGACCGCUCCUCUCAGAGCUGGGAGUCAUCCAUCACCACCAAGUUACAAGAAUCCAAGAGAUCAGACGAACAAGUUUCCGAUCAGGUCCCUUUCAGGAAAGCCAGGGUUUCCGUACGUGCAAGAUCAGAAGCUCCUCUGAUAAGCGAUGGGUGUCAAUGGAGAAAAUAUGGUCAGAAAAUGGCAAAGGGCAAUCCUUGCCCUCGUGCUUAUUAUCGUUGCACUAUGGCCGUAGGAUGCCCUGUUCGUAAGCAGGUGCAAAGAUGUGCCGAGGAUAAGACAGUGCUGGUAACAACCUACGAAGGAAAUCACAGCCACCCACUUCCUCCAGCAGCCAGCGCUAUGGCGAAUACAACAUCGGCAGCGGCGGCGAUGCUCCUUUCCAGUUCGACCUCAAGUACAAGCAAGGACGGUGUUACACAUUCUGCGGGAUACAUGGGUUCAAUGGCCUACCCCUACGCAUCAAUGGCCACACUAUCAGCAUCUGCACCAUUUCCAACCAUCACGCUGGAUUUGACCCAAGUCACCAACGGCAUGCAGCUGCAGCAACGAGCACAUCCCUCAUCAGGGGCCCCUUUUCCAAUGCCAAUAAUAUUGCACGGGUGUCCUCAGGGACAGCUAACGGGACAUCCUAUGAUGUUCCCACAGAACUUGCUUCAGCUCGGGCAAAGGCUGCCGUUGAAUUCGUCGUCUAUGGUUGAGACUGUCAGUGCAGCCAUUGCUUCUGAUCCCAAUUUGACUGCAGCACUGGCGGCUGCAAUAUCAUCCCUCAUAGGGGCGCCCGGUGGCGGCGGAGCAGCGGGUAACAACACGGUUGCUGCGCCGAACCCCAUUCCUGUGCUGCCUGUCCCCCCGCAACUUCCUCGUUCAUGCACUACGCUCUCCACCAACUAGUUAGUAGUUCCUCAAGUUUCAUUCACACACUGGUUUUGCAUGUACAGAAACGAUAGGCGAGAGAAGCUAAGACCAUAUAUAUAUAUAUAUAUAUAUAUAUAUUAUCAUUGUGUUGUUGUAAUUUUUUCUUCCGUUUUCAAGUAAUUAACAAGUUAAAAUUUACGGGAUGACGCUUCGCCUGCGGCCCUCUAUAA